AUGUUAAUUCUUACUGUUCUAGUUUAUAUACUAUUCUUAACGCAAAAAUAUGAAUGCAAUGAACCAGGGUGUCAGUUUUUUCAACAUUCCAUUCUCAAACCAAAUCAACUCUGGUGGACACAUGAUGGUCGUCGCUUGCCACCAGUAUUUUUCAGUCUUGACGAUCACCUACAAACGUUUGCCAUAAGGAAAGGUUUUGAUUUGACAGCUGCUGGUGAAGGAUGGAGUCAGAUGCUUGUAUCGCCUAAAACUGAUACAUUAUGGAUACAACAGUUAUGUCUUAGUUCAUAUGACACUUUGAACUUCAAGAGAGACACAUCAUUAAGAAAGAGCUAUAUUCAGCGUCAGGCAUUAUUCAACGGUUUAACUGCAUUCAACGGAGAUGACUGGUGCAGUCAGAACCUAAUAUCACGGAAUUCUGAAGAAAUAUCUACCGAACAUGAAAACGUCUUUGUGCAUCUUAUACAUUAUAGUUUAAAAUGUGAGAGGACUGUUUAUCAUAAACACAAUAAAUUUAUUGUUCAAUUAGACAUACCAAAUUCAAGACCAGUUUAUCAGUGCAUUUAUUUUCAAUCAGUCGAUAAGAACAAUCCAGAAAAAGUUAUCAAUGUUCUACAAAGUAAGGACGUUAGUCUGCAUCUGGAUGAAUCUUUAUGCAAUGAUGAUGCGGAGUACGACUCAUUUCUCUGGAUACCAUCACUUUCCAAAAAUACAAGAAUUCAGUUCACUCCCUGUCCUUUUCCUGGUGGAUUCCAGAUAACAAGUAUGGACAGAAUUGACUCUGAAAAGCCGAUAUGUGAUUACCAGACAUUUGCAACUUUGGAAAGUGAAUGUGUCACAAACGAAGGAGUUGAAUGGACAUUUGAUGAUCCAAAGUGUAACAUAUUUGAAGUCAGCAGUAUUAGUCAUCACAAGUGCUAUUCUUUCUGGAAAACAGAUGGAUUGACAUAUACGCUCUUGCUUCAAGACCGUAAAGACGAUGGAUAUAGUCUUUUCACUAUGAUAUUCUCCGAUAUUCCGGACCCUUUAAAUCCAUCAGAUUCAAAUUAUGGUCAACACAAGCCCAUUUGGAUCUAUCCUGGUUUAUUGUCGAAAGGUUAUCGAAGAAAUCUUACUUUAUGGAAUGAAAAUAAAUCAGAUUUUGACACAAGGAUUCCUGAUAGUUGGGAUGAUCAAAAAGGAUAUGAAAUUACUGCAUACCAAUUGCAUAUACGUCGGGCAUUUGGAAUUUGCGAUGAUGAGCCAACUAGUUGUACAAAAGGAUGUGACUACGAUAUACGAAAUAGAAUGUUUUGCUAUAAAAGCUGUCCAGUGGAUGAUAGGAAAUGCAAAUCUUCUCAGUGGGAUUCAUGUACAUUCAAACAAAAUUAUCAGGGUCAUUGGAACUUUAUUGAACCGAUGUCUAACAUGAAGCAUGCACUAACAGAGUCAUAUAAACCUAAAUGGACCAGUCUAAUAUUUGGCGAAAACUAUCUCAUUUUCAUGGGUAAAAUAAAUGUAUCCUAUCUAUGUAUACGGGAGGUACGUGAAGCAAUUCAAGACUGGUUUAUAAUUCGCUCAAGGAAGCAAGCGAAUGGAUGUCAACCUAGAGAUGUUUGCUUAGAGCUUUUUCAAAGUGGUAUCAGACGGUCAUUUGAUACACGCAACACAAAUACUAUGGAAUUUCGUAUAUCUCAAAGCAGAAAAUACGGAUCAGACGUACGAACUUUGUGCAGUUUUGAUACUCAGUCCUUCAGUUUAAACAGCAAACCAGCUGAAUCGUCUACUGCACUUAUAUUAGUUCGAAAUCUUGAACCAUACCAAAUGUCAAAUCCAUACAGUGACCCACCAGUUAAAUGUGGUCUUUAUCAAAUGAGGCUUGUUGGGACAAUGAGUAUAAAUGCUAAUUAUUUAACAAGCAGGUGGAAACUAAAUGGAGUUUUCCCCUUACUUAAAAACUUUAUUGAACUUUCUCAGACACUUGAUAACAAUUCAAAUUAUGCCCAAUCUGUAAAUACCCAUGGUACAGAAUCCAACAAAAUCGAAUUCGGAUAUUUAGAACCACAUAUUAACCACAACAAAAAGUCAGUGAUUGAAGAAACAGACUUAAUGGAUACUCAGAAUUUGUUCCACACUAAAAGGGUGAGAAAUUCAGUAUUAUGCCAUAUUGAAUUAAGUGAUUUUAACAGAACUCAUGGUACAACAGGAGAAUUUGGAAAUAAAAUUUGGAUUUAUAGUGAUUGUCUGCAUAAACAAAUCAGAAGUGCAUUCAAUACAAGUCAUAUCUGUCUGUCUGGUUAUGAUAUCCUCCCAGUUGAAUUUGGCGAAAAACGACGACAGUUGAUUUUGAUAACUUACCAUGUUCCAACAAAGAUAUAUUUCUGCUGGAUAUUUAAAGAAGUCAACCGGGAUAAUUUUCAAAGUUAUUUGGUUUUCCUGUUUGAUACACCUCAGUGUCAAUAUCACAGACUUCCUUCAGGCGAUAUACAAGUUAAUAAAGAUGAAGCAAUCGCUCAGCUAAGUUUAACACCAGUAGCUUGUAAUAAAUGUGGACGCAAACCAGAUCAAAAACGAAAACAGUACUCUAUUAAUGUGGAAUCACGGAGAUCAAAUGUAUUGCGUAUUCAGACAAAUCAGAUGAAGCAUCGUCAAACACAGCGUGCUCUUAGGCAAAGUAUACAAACCAGUCCAAAAAAUAUCAGCUUCAGAAAGCGAUUAGAUUCAUUCUCCUUACCGAUUUCAGCUUGUCUUUCACUCUUAUUUAUUCUGUUGUGA